GAGAGAGAGAGAGAGAGAGAGAGAGAGAGAGAGAGAGAGAGAGAGAGAGAGAGAGAGAGAGAGAGAGAGAGACUAGCUCGGAGACCCGGCCCCCGGUCAGAGAGACGGAGAGAGAGUUAGUGAGUGAGGGAGCGUUUUAAAGCCGGCAGAGGAAUGAUGUCCUACAUUAAGCAACCACAUUACGCCGUGAACGGGUUAACGCUCUCCGGCCAGGGCAUGGAUCUCCUUCACAGCGCCGUCGGAUAUCCCAACACACCGCGCAAGCAGCGCAGGGAGCGCACCACCUUCACCCGCGCUCAGUUGGACAUCCUGGAGGCGCUGUUUGCCAAGACGCGCUACCCGGACAUCUUCAUGAGGGAGGAAGUGGCCCUGAAAAUCAACUUGCCCGAGUCCCGCGUCCAGGUCUGGUUCAAGAACCGCAGGGCCAAGUGCCGCCAGCAGCAGCAGCAGAGCACCGGCCAGUCCAAACCGCGGCCUCCCAAGAAGAAGGCGUCCCCGUCGCGCGACCUCAACAACGAUGCCUCGGUCAACGUGGGCAACGGGCCCUACAGCCCCCAGCCCCCUCCCCCGGGCACCUCCAUCACGCCCAGCGCCAGCGCGGCCAGCGCCACCGUGUCCAUCUGGAGCCCGGCCUCCAUCUCCCCGCUGCCGGACCCCCUGUCCGUGUCCUCGGCCAACUGCAUGCAGCGCUCGGGGGGCUACCCCAUGGCCUACAGCCAGGCCCCGGCCUACAGCCAGAGCUACGCCGGCUCCUCUUCCUACUUCACGGGCCUGGACUGCAGCUCCUACCUGUCCCCCAUGCACCCCCAGCUGUCGGGCACCGGGGGCGCCCUGAGCCCCAUCACCGCCUCCUCCAUGGGGGGGCCUCUCAGCCAGUCCCCCGCCUCGCUGUCCUCCCAGGGCUACACGGCCGCCUCGCUGGGCUUCGGCGCUGUUGAUUGUCUGGACUACAAGGACCAAACUGCCUGGAAGCUCAAUUUCAAUGCCACUGACUGUCUGGACUACAAAGACCAGAACUCCUGGAAGUUCCAGGUCUUGUAGAUUGAUGUGCAGGAGGUGGGGUUAGAGGGGAUGGGGUGGCGGCGGGAAAGGUGUAGCUGAGGAAGGGAACAUCAUGCCAGGUGAACAAUACUCAAGAUGAUGUGUGGACGUUUAGAUUGAUUAAUGAAAAACCAAGAAAAAACAACAGCAACGAAUGACAGCCGUUUGUAGUUGCAAUCUGGUAUUUUUUGGCUCUGUGAUUGUAACAAAGAAAGUUGAUAGCGAUGUUGAACAGAAACUUAAACUUGAUUCAAUUGAUAGAAAAUUUAAGUGAUUGAAAUGUACUAAAUCAUAAAACCUAGUUCACCGGGAAUCAACUUCAAUUGCAAUUGCCUUGGAUUCAAUCUAACACAGUGCCCGCUACGCCCUCAAUACCACAGCACCACACACACAGGGCCUCCAUGUAGCAGCAGCCAAUACUGUGUCUGUGUAAUGUCUGAGAAAAGACCCUGAAAUAAGAGCGCUUCCAUGUUUUUUCCUUAAAAAAACAGGAAACUGGUUCAGGAUACGAGAUGAUGACCCUGACUUCUAUGAUGUAUUUAUUUUCAAAAGCUGCUUUUAUACGACCUGAGCUGACUCCAACAGCUCGCAAGGCAACGCUGCUUAUCCCCCAUUAGACAAACACAAAAGGCAGGCAGAAAUUGGUGUCCUUAUGGCUGACAGUUAUUCUCAACAUCUAACCAGUGAGACAGCUUAGAGUGCUGAAACAAUAGUCCUUUGUAUUGAGUUGGACCUUCUGAUCGGGCCGACCAAUCGGAAGGGGAGACUGACGAUAGUGUUGGUAACUAACCAAGUCACUGCAGUAAAAUAACCUGUUGCCUUUAUGAAUAGUUGUGUGUAAAAUGCCCCUGCCCCCCCCCCCCGAGCUUUUAGUUUGAACACACUCAAUACCUAUUUGUGGCUGUUUGGGAAAAUGGUCAUGCUUCCAGUGAAUGCUAACGGGGUGGGAAUGUUGACAGAUUGUCAUAAAAAAAUAAUUUAAAAAAAUCGACCCUGCACCAUUUUUAGAAAUCUCCCAUUGAACAAAAAGAAAACAACCCAUUUUGAAGGUUCAAGUGUGUGGCAGGUGAGAGGACUGCAGCAGAGGAAGGGAGGGCACUGCCGGUGACUCCACCUGCAGCCCCCUGCCAAGAGGCUUUGUCUCUCUCAGCUCCGACCUGUGAAAAUGUGAUGGUGACUAGUGUAUAUGUGUUUGGUGUUUGAUCUUUAUUUUCGUAUUAGACUAAAACAUGAUGAUGUUUCGUAAAAAAUGUAAUUGUGAAUUCCUUAAGGUUGAAAUUGUGGUAAAUUGUUUUGAAGUUAAUAUUAUCAGAAUUAUUAUCAGUAUUAAUUCUAUGUCUUCGGCCGACAUCUGUUAUUAUUGCUAAUACAUUUUUGUGUUGUUCUCCUGUAAAUAUUAAAACUUUACUUGAAAAAUGCCAUCUACAAUAUAUUGUUACAUGGGCCCUCCACCAAACAAUCUCUCUACUAGACAACUGCCAACUUUUGAAGUUAAUAUUUUCCAGUUUAUUUUUGUAGUUUCGUAAAUUUUUUCAGUACUUCAUCGUACCUUCUUUUUUUCAAACUCAGGGGUUAUUUAAUGCAAGUAGCAGUGAUAAGAUACAUUGCUGUGUCUGCUUCUUAAUCAUCUACUUUACCUUUUUGCAUUCUUUAUAAUCCUCUCUCGCUUCUCUUUUUCUGACAUGAAUGAAUUUUUCUUCUUUUGUAUAUUUCAUCUGUUAUGUCUGUGGUGUUGAACCGGUCUCACGACUAACAUGCUAGCUAGCUGCCGUUUUUCUGGAACAUUAAAACGAUUUCAUGAAAAAGGUGCUACCUUU